AUGGAGCUAAUAUCCUCUUUGUCAUCGAACAAAGCUGACGACGACGAAUCUCACACAGUUCGCGCUCUCGGUUUGUCUUUGCUAAAUGCACGUCGAUUCUCCCCGAAUGGUCAAUGUGCAGCCGGAUCCGACGCGCGUCAUUGCCAAUACGCUUUAAUUGAGACGCUAAUCAAGACAUUCAAUGGAGUCUUUCGAACGGGUAUCUCGGGAUAA